UUAAUAGGGAAUAUGCAUAAAAUUUGAAAUGGCCUAAAAUAUUUUUUUCUCGAAUACUUAUUAUCGUAAUAUUAUAAUGAAAAGGAUUUUUUUUUAUUUACUUAUUAUUUAAACCCCUAAAAAAAUAUUCAAAAAGUGCAAAAUAAGGGAGCGAAAUUCAAACUUCCAAAACGCGCCACCAUUGGUCGAACGAAAUGUGACGUCAUCUGACACGACAUUGUAUUCAUCAGCGUCGAAACUCAUACUGUUUUACAAGUUUUUGUGAAAAAAAUAAAUAAUUUAAACCUGUAUUCUUGUGCUGAUUGUAGUGAAGUUUAGUUAAGAUUUGUAGUGAAUCUAGGACGAUGACUGAAGCUGGUUUUGUCAAAGCACAAUCGGACAAUCUACCGAAAAUAGAUGCUUUCAUGAUGACAGCAUAUUUUGCAUCAAAUCCCGAUUUUACGAGCGCAGAGAUCAGAGGAGUGAAAGCUGCAAGGUCUACACGAGAAUCUUAUGGUGAUUCAGCAGUUGGAUAUGUCCAAGUAAAACGAGAUGGCGACAUAUGUGUUGUUAAGGCUCGGAUUACACCUGAACAUAAUGUGCGACAAAAAUGUUAUGCUGUUAUUUGCACUUGCAAUGAAACAGAAGAAACUAUUCUCUCUGUUCAAUGUGAAGAUUGUGCUGCACAUUUAGGUGGAUGUAAGCAUGCUAUAGCUUUUUUAGCAUGGCUACAUCGGCGUAGUGAAGAUCCAUCAACAACAAGCAUUGAGUGUUAUUGGAAAAAAUCUAAAUUAUCAUCAAUUGGUACUAGUAAGAAGUUUAUAAAAGCCAAAGAAAUGUAUAAAACACCUAAACAUGAGCUUGUGCCAACAUCUUUGAAUACUGAAAGCUUUCUCACAGUAGUAAAAAAUAAUUGCACUUUGGUUGGUGAUACAAAGAAUCAUUUGAUGAAGUUUUAUAGAGCGCCAAGCACUGUGGAAAAAUUGUCAAUACACCAUCUUCUGUCUACAAGCAAAGCUACAAACCCUCUUGAUUUUAUAGAAUAUUGCAAACUUAUAAUGACUGCAGAUGCAUGCAAAGGAGCUGCAAUAGCUACUUUGGAACAAAAUGACUGCCCAUUGUGGCAUGAGUUGAGGUAUGGAAGGAUCACAGCUUCAAAAGCUUAUGAUGCUGCACAUUGCAAUACUCUUGAUGGAACGUUAACGGAGACCAUUUUGGGAGCAAGUAAAUUGAGGGACACAGAGGCUAUGGAAAGGGGUAGAUUGUUGGAAAGUCAGGUUUUAAAGGAAGUAGAAAAAAUUUGUAAAAUAAAAAUAAGUAAAUGUGGAUUAAAGUUAAAUAGUACACAUCCUAUUAUGGGUGCUUCUCCAGAUGGUGAAAAUAGUGUGUAUAGUAUAGAAAUAAAAUGCCCAACAUCAGAAAAAGCAAUGGGACGAUAUGUCAGUUCAGGAAAUAAAGUGACUGCCAAAUAUAUGGCACAAGUGCAACUGCAGAUGCAUUUUUCUAAUAAAGCAAAGGCACUGUUUUGUGUUGCUGAUAAAGAUUUUGAAAAAACAAAAAAAAUAUCAAUCUUAGAAGUCAACUACGACCAGCAACUGUGUGAAAAUUUGUUAGAAAAAUGCGACAUUUUUUGGAAUAAAGCCAUCUUUCCUAAACUAAAUAUGUAUGACUAGAUAGAUUUUUUUUGUUUAUUGUAGGGGUACUGCAUUUGAUUUCUGUCUAAUUCUGUUAAUCUGUUUUUUUAUGCUAUGAAAAUAAAACAAAUGUAAAUAUAUUAUAUUCAUUUUUUUAUUAAAACAUCCUGCAUAUUUACCAAUCCACAAGCUACUAUUAUUACAUCAUCUAUGAUAGGAAUUAAAUUAUAGUCUACACAAGCAUGAGGCAGUAACAUAUGAAACUCUCUUAACCUAUUUAUUACCCGUUCAACAUGUAUUCUUAAUGCUGCUAUACGUUUUGAUAGUUUCACUUCAUUUUUAGUACUGGGGGUAGACUUUGAUACAGAAGGUGGUCGUAUAAGGGUACAUCUUUUAGCUUCUAGCAAACAUGAUAAGUCUUUAAAACCUCUGUCAGCCAUCACUGCUUUAUUAGGAGGUAAAGCCUGUAAGUAACUACUAUCUUGUACUAUCAUAACAUCAGUAGCCCUACCACCAUAUCCAUCAGAGAUAAAAUUGAUCAAGCCAUCAGGUGUACAUGAAAUUAAAUACUUUAAGGUGUUACAUUUUUUAUACUGUGACCAAGUAAGUGAUUGAUGAACGGCAUUUGAUGGUUUUUCAAUCUGAAUUUCUAGGCAAUCAAUAAUGGAAACAACAUUCCCAUACCUACGCCUAAAAGAUAUGGGUAAAUUAUUGUAAAUAUCUGAUGAUGCUGGCCACACAAUCAAGUCCUUAAGUUUUGCUGCUAUAAGAGAAAUACUUCUAGAAAAUAUUCUACAAAUAGUACUUUGUGAACAUCCAAAUUGUAGUGCCAAGAUGCUAAAGGACUCAUUUAAUUUAAUUUUCUUGAGGGUUAUUAAUAUGUGUUUACUAGGAAGCGGAAUAUUAUCACUUAAAAGUUUUAUUAAAUGAUAUGAUUGUUUAGGUAAUCCUAACAACAUUUUUGGCUCUUUUUCAAUAGCAGUUAGCAUGAUACUACACAUUUCAUAUUUAAACUGUUUCUCCUUCUCUGAAUCACUUAGAACUUCGCUCGACUCAGAUUGAUAACUUGGUUCAUAAUCAGUAGAGCUCGUAGAAAAAUAAGAUGAUAUAGAAAUAGUAUCCGCUGUGUUUUCAGUAAACAAUUUUCUUUUUAAAACAGAUAGUUUUACUGGUGAAGUUCCUAUAUUUUGUGUUACAAAAGGAAAUGGUGACAGUGCUACAUUUUGUUUUUUAGUAGGUAUAUUUACAUUGACACCUUUACUUCUAUAGUUCGGUUUAAUAUUAACUUGCACAGCUUUGUCACAAUGCAAUGUCUUCUCAAUAUGAGAAGUGGAAAGCUCUACCUGAAGAUCAUCACAUCCAAUACGGGAAGUACUGCAUCCUGGUUGAUCACAGACAUUUGUGUGGGAAGUACUUGGACUCACUUCGUGAUCACUUCUUUGUGAAGGUUCGCUAACACUACUUUUGAUAGCUAUCUCUGAUGAAAGGGCUUCAUUGACCAGUGUCAAUCUUUGCAUUUUAACUACAGCCAUUCUCUCCUUUGGUAAUGGCAUCCUCCGUUUUUGACACAAAAAUAUAUGUGGCAAAACUCCUUUCUUCAACCGUAGAGUACAUUUUUCUCCUUGCUCUUUCAUUAAAUUGUAUUCAAUAUAAUUUUCUGUAUCUUCCUUAACCUGGAAUAAAACAAUAACCAUUAAAAUUUCGUAAAAGCACAACAAGAAUAGUUUUUAUAGAAAGUUAGUUUUUAUAACUGAGUACUGAACUUUUCUUAUAGGUUAGGUUAAUUUUAAACUUCUAAUGUUCAAUAACUAAUGCAAAACUUACUUUUUAC